ACUGUAUCUGACAUUCUACAACACACCGCCAUACAGUAAACAUUCAGCAGAUAUUUUAGCAGUUGGUAAUGUCAAGAUGUUGAGAAAUAUCGGAGGGAUUAACAGAAAUUGGAGUGCGGGACCUGUAGGAAAUAUUCAAACCAUGUCUCAGGAUAACAAUUCAUACAACUUUUCCACCAAAAGCAGUUCAGAAACCUCCUCAUUUUCCUCAUCCUCCUCAAGCACAGCCCCAACCUCGGGAUGGAGUUCGAACAUUUCUUCUUCCACUUGGUCCUCAGGAGCUAAACCUUCAGUAUUUUCAUCCAUUUUUUCCUCUUUUCAACAAGGCGCUAGCGGCAGCAGUGAAGUACAGAACAAUAUUGUAAUACGGGACUAUAAUGUUUGGAUGCCCCAAUCAAUGUGACAGACCUAAAAAUUCACAAAUUUUCCAAUUUUUUGGCGCCAAUUCCUGAUCUCAUCCAGUUGGAAUAUGGCCGUGAUAUGUGAUAGGAUCACUUCUUAUUUAGAGUCUACUGAAGAGUGUAUUAUAUACAUGGCUGCAUUUAUACACAUAUAUUGUACUACGUGCAUAACUUAUCUAUAUUAAAUAUGGAGAUAUUUAA